AUGGAGAUGGACAGGCCAGCUCAUUUUGCUAAACAUCUCCAUCAUUUUUGCUCGAAUACGAAGGUUUGCCCCAGACUGUGGGGGAAGGAGGUUGCUGAUCCCCAAUCUCAAGAUAACAGUGUUCUGUUUACCUAUGCGGGCUAUCAAAACCUUGCCGACGAUGAAGCGAAGAAAUCAUUUACUUAUGACAAUGAAGUAGCAUUGUGCUAUUCUGAAUGUGAAGAUCUGUUCUCAAAGCCAAGUUAUAUUGGACUUCAGGGAUCGAAAUGUUUUUGUCUUGACUCUGCGCAACCCACAACAGAGAACACUGCGCAGGACCGGUGCUGGGGUAACUCUCAGGAAUACUGCGGUACCACACAUGGGAUGAGUGUUUACAAAGUCGAAUUUUUUCAAAAGCCAUUUUUGCAAUGGAACUUUAAUGACAAUGGUUUAUGUGGAUACAUGAUGGGAUCAAAAUUUCUUUGGUUGAUGGUUGCUACAACACAAAACUGCCAGCAAGAAAAAGGACACAUUUGUAAAUGUAACAGCAAUAACAAUGUUUGUUUUUAUGAGAACGAUAUUAGUUGGACAGCUGCAAACACGAGCUGCUCUCUUGCUAAAUUAACCUCGUCCAAUUACAACAGAAUCUACAAACAUGUUGACGACUCCGAGUACUGGAUUGGAUUACAUCGUCAUCGUUACGUUGGAUGGAUUUCCGGUGAGGGCAUUAUGGUUAUACCCUAUGCAAAUGAGACAGGCUGUCUAUGGGUCGAAUCUGAAAAUGGUACUCUAUUUUGGGGAGUUUCACCGUGUGUAACAGAGUACAAAUAUGUUUGUAAUGAACGCGAGACUGGAUCCUCGUGA